AUGCGAAGAUAUUGCAUGGAUGCAGAUGGAAAUGAUGUCCUGAUUCAAGCAGAGGGGUCUGAAGACAGUCACAGUGAAGAAGAUACCCACGAGCACGAGGAAUCAUCAAGCGAAGGCAAACAAAAUUGUCACUUCCAUGCUGGCGUGGAACACUGUGUCAAUGAAGGCGAAAGCGAAUCAGGGGCACAGAGUGCUCCAAAGUGCGGUACCCAAACAAGAGACUACGACAUGCCUCUAAGAAUUGGCACACUGUUCGUUGUCCUUGUCACCAGUUCAAUUGGUGUCUUUGCCCCUAUUCUCCUGAUGAAACUUCCAUUUGCCUCUAUCAAUGGGGUGGUCUCGACCGUCAUCAAACAAUUCGGAACUGGCAUCAUCCUCGCCACAGCUUUCAUCCAUCUAUACACACAUGCAAACCUCAUGUUUACCAACGAGUGUUUGGGAGCACUCGAGUACGAAGCGACUACCUCCGCCGUAGUCAUGGCGGGUAUGUUCCUUGCUUUCCUAUUGGAAUACAUUGGCCACAGAAUCAUUGUUGCUCGUAUGAGCAAGAGGAACUCUGCAGAGACUACGCCUUCCGAGUCUCCGCAAAUAGAGCAGAAAGGAGAGCAUGGCCACUCUCAAGACCAACAACAGCCCACGUUGGCUUGUCUUGGGCACAGUCACGGAUCAUACGAUCUGACUGGACCCGACAGCAAGUUCUCGGUCAUUGUGAUGGAAUCAGGUAUUCUCUUCCACAGUAUCUUGAUUGGUCUCACCCUCGUCGUUGCUGGGGACUCAUUUUACAAGACCCUUCUGGUCGUAAUUGUGUUCCAUCAAUUCUUUGAAGGGUUGGCACUCGGUGCCCGUAUCGCAAUCCUCAAGGGACCUAUAUUUCCCUCCAAGGCAGGCAUGGCGAUCGCAUUUGCCUUGAUCACUCCUAUUGGCAUGGCUAUUGGCCUGGGUGUUAUUCACAGUUGGAAUGGUAAUUCGAGGGGCACUCUGAUUGCACUGGGAACAUUGGACGCGCUGUCUGCUGGUAUUCUGGUGUGGGUUGGUAUCGUUGAUAUGUGGGCGCGUGACUGGGUUAUUGAGGGAGGUGAAAUGUUGAAUGCGAAGUUAGGAAAAGUUUUGACUGGUGGUAUUUCUCUGGUCAGUGGAAUAGUGUUGAUGGGACUGCUAGGAAAAUGGGCUUGA